AAAGUUUUCAGUCGGAGCCCGGGUUGCACUCUCUCACUCCGUCAGUCACUCUGACCAGUCCGCCAGCCUGCUAUGGAGAAGCCGCAGCACCUGGCCCAAGCCUCUCUGCUCUCCCUGCUGUUCCUUACAGCAGUCAGCUUCACCCACCAGGCUGAGGAGGUUGUCCUGUUGGAUUUUGCCUCAGCACAUGGAGAGCUUGGCUGGCUGACUGACCCCUACAAUGCAGCUUGGGAUCUUCUUCAGAAUGUGUGGAAUGACACCCCCAUAUACAUGUACAGUGUGUGUAAUGUGGUGGAAGGUGAUCAGGACAAUUGGUUACGGACUAACUGGAUCUACCGCGGAGAAGCUCAGCGAAUAUUCGUCGAGCUCAAGUUCACUGUGCGCGACUGCAACAGCUUCCCCGAGAUAGAGACCUCCUGCAAGGAGACCUUCAACCUCUACUAUGUUGAGUCGGACUUUGAUUAUGGAACAAUCUUUAGGAAGAACCAGUUCAAAAAAAUUGACACCAUAGCACCAGAUGAAGCCACCAAGAAAGAGGACUUUAGCUCCCGAAACGUGAAGGUUAAUGUCGAGGUGCGUGCAGUGGGCCCACUGAAGCAGAAAGGCUUUUAUUUAGCUUUUCAAGAUGUCGGUGCCUGCGUCGCGCUCCUGUCUGUGCGUGUGUAUUACAAGAAGUGCCCAGCCAUGGUUCGCAACAUGGCCACCUUUCCAGAAACCAUAGCUGGCGAGGAUUCUCAAGCGCUCUCUGAGGUUGUCGGAUCUUGUGUCGAGAACGCAGUGGCCCAUGAGCCUCCGAAGAUGUACUGCAAUGCUGAUGGCGAGUGGUUGGUCCCGGUUGGGCAGUGUAUGUGCAGAGCUGCAUACGAGAUGGUGAAUGGUACCUGCAAAGAGUGUAAGGAGGGCUUCUUCAAAUCGGAGGCCACCAACGAUCCCUGUUUGGAAUGUCCUGCCAACACCCAGCCCUCCGAAACUGGUUCCACAUCGUGCCCCUGCAAGGGCGGUUUCUAUCGAGCACCCAGUGACCCAGCCAUCUCUGCAUGUUCUCAACCACCGUCUGCACCAGGGGCUCUGACAGCUACGGCCAUGGGUUCCAUGGUUGUGUUGAAAUGGAUGCCGCCCAGUGACACUGGGGGCCGCAGUGAUGUCACUUACACUGUGGUAUGUGAACGUUGUGCCUGGGACACUGGAAGCUGCAAACCCUGCGAGUCUGCUGUUCACUUUACCCACCGGUCUCCAUUUGUGCAGACCACAGUGAGUGUGAUGGAGCUGGAGCCACACACCAACUACACCUUCAGGGUCGAAGCAAGGAACGGGGUGUCUGACCAGAGCGCCUCCCGCAGUAUUGCCAGCACUGUGGCCCUCAUCAACGAGACUGAGCCUCCUAAAAUCACCUCGAUCGCUAUGGAGGAUCAAGAGAAGACCAGCCUUACCCUGUCCUGGAGCGUUCCCAAGCGGCAAAUGAGAAGCAUUUCUGGCUAUGAGCUCAUGUACAGCAAAAAGGUGGAUCAACAGAGCUACACAGUGCUGCGGUCUGACAAUAACUUUGUGAAGAUUACAAACUUGCAGCCCGGAACAGUGUAUGUUUUUCGUGUGCAGGCGCUGAUGCCGAGUGGCACUGGGUUUUACAGUGAAACCCACGAGUUCCAGACUCUUCCAGAUAAAGGUUCGAAUUUGACACUUGUAGUGGGCUUGGUGGUUGGAGGAGUUGUGUUGCUACUGAUGCUGUGCAUUUUUAUCUAUAUUAAGCGGAGGAAACCAAGUUCCCGGGCACGUCAGGGACCUGAGGAUAUUUAUUUCACCAAACUCCCUGACCAGCUGAAGCCUCUGAAGACCUAUGUUGAUCCACAUACAUAUGAGGACCCAAACCAGGCUGUCCUAAAAUUUGCCGAUGAGAUUCAUCCAUCUGCGAUAACCAAGCAGAAAGUGAUUGGAGCUGGUGAAUUUGGAGAGGUCUACAAAGGGAUUUUGAAGAAGGGACGGAAGGAAAUUAGUGUUGCUAUUAAAACCCUGAAAGCUGGCUAUACAGAGAGCCAAAGGAUUGAUUUCCUGAGUGAAGCAAGCAUCAUGGGACAGUUCAGUCACCACAACAUCAUUCACCUGGAGGGGGUUGUGACCAAAUACAAACCCCUGAUGAUCGUUACAGAAUAUAUGGAAAAUGGAGCACUGGAUGCCUAUCUCCGGAGAAAUGAUGGUGACUUCUCUUCUCUCCAACUGGUUGGAAUGCUGCGAGGAAUUUCAUCUGGCAUGAAGUACCUUUCCGACAUGAAUUAUGUACACCGGGAUCUUGCGGCCCGUAACAUCCUGGUGAACAGUCAGCUGGUUUGCAAAGUGUCAGACUUUGGGCUCUCCCGAGUUUUGGAAGAUGACACAGAGGGGACCUACACUACUAGUGGAGGGAAGAUUCCCAUCCGCUGGACCGCUCCAGAGGCCAUUGCUUAUCGGAAGUUUACCUCUGCGAGUGACGUAUGGAGCUUUGGCAUUGUGAUGUGGGAAGUCUUGUCCUAUGGUGAGCGGCCUUACUGGGAUAUGUCCAAUCAUGAGGUGAUGAAAUCGAUAAAUGAAGGAUUCCGCUUGCCUGCUCCGAUGGACUGCCCCUCUGCCAUCUACCAGCUGAUGAUGCAGUGCUGGCAACAGGAGAGGACCAAGCGACCCAAAUUCUGUGACAUUGUCAACAUUCUCGACAAAUUGAUCCGUAACCCUGACUCCCUGAAAAACAUUGCGGAUUUUGAUCCACGAGUAUCCAUCCGGCUGCCUAGCACGAGUGGUACUGAUGGUAUGAUCUUCCGUACUGUCAAUGAGUGGUUGGACUCUAUCAAGAUGGGACAGUACUUGGAGAAUUUUAUGUCAGCUGGGUACAACACCAUGGAGCAUAUUGUUCAGCUAACUACAGAAGAUGUGAAGAAGAUUGGAGUCCGGUUACCAGGGCACCAGAAGCGGAUUGCUUACAGCAUCCUGGGACUGCAGGAACAGGCUAGCAGCAUGGGUGUAUACACAGUAUGAACUGUUCCUGUACACUGCACCGAGGGGGCUAAACCCCCCCACCCCCCACCCCCCCCUCCACAAGACCUUUCCAAACAUCUCUUGAUACUUGAAUCGAACAGCAACCCUGCAUGUGAGUGCUGGAAGGAUCCAGUGCUGGAGAAAACCUCUUAUUUUAACUUUUUUUAAAAAAAGGAAAAAAAAAACUGCAAGAGAUUUAAGAAGAGACAAAGGCAUCAGCACGUGGACCUCACUACUCCCCUCAUUGGUGCUUGGGAUUCCAACUGACAAGUGACCAACAUGAUUGUGUUAGGAAGAGGGGGAACAUUCCAGAUGCCCUACAGCCAAAGUGGCUUUAACUGAAUUGCUGAGUUGGUGCAGUGUGUACCCGUGGAGGGAAUGAACAACUUUAUUUGGAUCUAGCAGCAUCCAUUUUGACUGUGCAGUUUAGUCAAUAUCUGAUUGGUUGGUUUGUUGGCUUCUUCUCUAAUUAGAGAGUCGAGUACUCAGUAACAGGAUCAUUUGAGGAAGUGUCUCCUCGCCUAACAUCUGCUUCAGAGUCACCUCUAUAAAAGUUAAGACUCUUGUCAGGAAAAGCACUUGCUUUUUGAACUGUUUCCUAUUUAUAGGGGUUUGAAGGACCAGUUGGGUGGCAUUAAAGCAGGCUGAAGUGAACAGGUGGCAUAUAGAUCAUUGUUCCAAAUAAUUUUGUAUAAAUGUAGUUUAAACAAUGCCAGUUUAGAGAAACCAGUGUGGAAAGUGAACCAGCUAAAUCCCAAGCAGCAUUUGCAGUUGCUUGAAUCUGUAGAUAAUUUUGGUCCUAUUGAAUGAUUUCCCCGUGGAAUGGUGCAGACCCAAACUCCCUUGCUUUGGGCUGUAAUGUACCGUGUGUCAGUGUGUGCGUCUGUGUCAGUGUGUGCGUGUCUGUGCAAUGAGGCACUGGACAUGGUCCCUGGAUGAUGGGCUGGUUGUUUCAAACCCAUUAGUACUGGUGACCAUUGGGCAAAACACCAUCUGUUUAAUGAGGGGCAGGUCAUCCAAACAAUUGCUGUCAUGUGCCAAUCAACCAGUUCAAAGACUACCUCUCAGCUACCCGCAGCUGCAGUAAAGCGUACUUUUGACUGUUUUCUGAUACAAGCUGCCAACAAUGUGCCACAUUGCUAAAUCCCAAAGAUAAACAAAUUCCCAUGUGUCUGAUCUCCACAUCCUGCAAACAUUCCCAUUUCAAAGAUUCCCCUGCCCUUUUUCUGUGUAAUUGUAAUGCACUUCGGUAAUGAUCUAUAACCAAAAUAGCAAUAAAGGUUGUUACCUUUUUGGGUUUGGGGGAAUGCACAUCUAAGUGGUAGAUUUGCACAUAGCAUUGAGGGGAAAUCCUUUAUUUUUCAAAUCCAUGUUUUUCUUAAAGUUUUAAAGAGUGACUUUGCACAGCUUAGAUUCCUAUAAAAUCAGGACAUUUGAAAAAUAUAUAUAUAUAGUGAGUCUCUUCUGAAAUUAGACACUUUUGCUCUUGUUUUAAGAAAAGGAAAAUGUUUUAUUUAAACUGUAUUUAUUCUGUGCUUUCCUCCAAAACUUUGUUAAUUUAUUUAACUCAAUUUAAUUUGCUGUCCUGGCAGCAAAACUUUCUCCUUUUUUAUUGUCUGUAAUUUGCUUUGUAUUUAGAAAAUGAUUUAUUUAUUCAGACUAAGGUGGAGAAGGCUCCUUGCCCAACAAGUUUUUUUUGUAAUAAAAGCUGGUGUACUGGU